AUGCCCAACCUAAGACUAGCCGAGGACGACGGCCGGGCUCCGGCUCGGCGCGCCGGGGGGGCGGCGGCCGGGCUCCGGGCCAUGGGCUCGCAGGAGGCGCCCUGCACGGGUGCCCCAGGCCCCGGCGCAUGUCGCGUGGAGCGCCGGCCCCUCCCGGCAGGGCCCGCGGCCGCAGGGGCGCCGGGCGCCAGCCGCCGCGGCCCGCUGGCGGGGCGUUGGGUGGUCGUCAGCGAGGCGGGUGACUGCCUCGUGGACUGCCCGGCCGAGGCCGACGCCGCGGAGGAGUCGCUGCCGCUGGCGACGCUGUGCCCGCUUGCCGCGGCGGUGCUGCAGUUCGUCGCGGCCGCGUGCGCCCACGAGGGCAGACAGCAUGCGCCGACCUGGCCGCCCACGCACGCCUUCGCCUUCUCUGGGUUGCUCCUGGUGGCGUGCGGGGCCGACGGGUUCGCGGUUGCGGCGGCCAGGACGCUGCCAGACGCGGACGCGGAGUCGCCGGAGUACGAAAUGCUCGAGGCGACGUUACGGUACAAGGCCCUGGAGCUCCACGCGUCGCUCCGCGGGGCGGCGGGCGGGGCCCUGCGCGCGGCGGCGGCGGCCUCCGGGCGGGCGCGCGAGGCACAGCUCGGCGCGUACUCGCUGGGAUCCAUGCUGGAGCCGGGCGGCCCAGAGGCCGCCGCGCCGUGUGCCACCGAGCUGGCACCGCGGGCCGCGGCGGCCGUGCAGGACCUGAUCAUGAACGCGUUGCGCGCCACGUACGCUGGCGCGCUGACCGACGCGCUGGACGCGCUCGACACGGAGGAGCCGCUUUGCGGAGCGCUCCGGCGGCGGCCAAUCCCACCAGCCGCGAUGCUCUGCGUCAGGUGCUGGGCGGGCGGCGGCGGCUACCCGCCCCCGCCCCCGCCCCACCCCGGCGGCGCCGGGCGGGCCGUCUUCAGCUGCCCGAGGCAUCGCAGCCGCGGCGGCGCUCGGCGGCCGCCGCGUCGCCUUGCGCCCGCCGCCGCGGGGCGCCCGGGCGCGGCGCGCCUCCGCGUGGUCGCGCGGAGGCAUCGCUGA